GGGAUACGGAAAACAAGAUGGACACUGCUAGAGGUGGUUCAGGGAUAGAUUAAUGUAUACAGUACAUGUACUCUCUUCACGCGAUUAUACAAGAUACAUCAUCUCGACAUGUCGGAACGCUGAGCAUUUCCGUGCACGAGACUAUUUCGCGAGGGAUACAUGCAUUUUUUCGCAUCUCCGUAAUUAUUUGCAAUCCUCAUAAUUCUCAAUUUCGCGCCCUCGCGUUCGUAUCUGCUGCGUCGCAUCCAGUCCCAUCGUCACGUCACAUAUACGCCGUAGGCGAGACCGACCGAAAAAUCGAAGCCGGUGCAAUCUCGAUGACAGAAUGUCCUUCAAACAGCUGAGGCAGGUAAUUAUUUCGGGAAACGAUUUGCGAAAUAAUCUCGGCGUGUGAGAUACGCCUGGAAAGAAUUGCGACUACAAAAGAACGUGUCCCAUUCGGGUCUGGAGUCAUCAAAUCUUGAAAAUCUAACUGAGUAACGAAAAUGGAUAAUCUACUGAAGCAGCUGGAGACAUUAAAGAUCAGGGGAGAUUUCUGCGAGGAUGAUUCAUGGACACCAUGUAUAGAUCUGAUUCAGAAGAGUUUUGCGCCUCAAAGAACGAUCGGGAUGGAACGUCCAUGCGAAGAGAAGGAUUUCAGGGAAUACCGGCUUGUUGUGGAGAGAAACCUGCACAAUGUCAGGUCUAUGCUGCAGCAUAUCUCCAACAGUGCAGAGAAGCAUUUGCAGCUAUGCAACGCCACAGGGACAAUUAAAACAUUUGGCAUGAAUUUGUUAUUACUUAUCGGUGAGCACAAUGAGAGGAAUAUUUGGAAUACAGCUGAGUGCGUCUCUAUUUCCAAGGAAUUACUAGCUGGCUUCUAUGAUCUGUACUCCUGUCAAAAUGUCUCCCAAUUUUUGUCAGAAGAUGAGAAUUUGAUUAGCUUAUUGUUGUUGCUAAGACCUAAGUUAUUAAAGGAUACCUGGAAAACUUAUCCAUCAGCUGUGGCAUGUUACAGAUGGAUCUUACAAGAAGCAGAGAAACCAAUUUUAUUUAAUCAUAUCGGAGAUGUUUUGCCAACUGCACUAAUCAUUCUCGAUGACUAUUUUCCUGACAAUGUAGUGAUAGGCCUGGAAUGUAUGUACCAGAUUAUACAGCAUUCCUAUAUGAAAAAAGGACUGAUAGAUACUGGCUAUGCUAAGGCAAUCUAUCACACUCUGGAACUUUUAUCCCGUCAAAAGGAAGUAAGAUAUAUUAUUCCUUUGUAUUCCUGUAUGGCUAGUCUUUUAGCUACUAUUGAACAUUGGGAUAAUACUAUAAAUUUAUUUGAGUGGACGACGCGCGAUGACGUUCUUUCCACUUUAAUAGACAAUAUGGAAUUUGAACAGAAUAUCGAAUUACGACAUGCAUACAUGUCAAGUUUACCUCAACUCAUUACAAAUAUAGGCUGUGCCAAAUGGUGCGAAGCUCUCACUCGCGUACUCGCGGAAUACUGCGAACAUCAUACAGAUUUAAGAACAUUGAAGGCAACAUUAGAGACUGCAAAGACGUUCCUCUUGAUGUUUCGCCUGCGAGUGGCAGCCCACUGUACUCCACUUUACACUGCAUUCUUGAAGCUGCAUUUCGAUUUGACGGAAACACCAGUGUUCGAUCGUGCAAUUAUGCAGAAUCUGGAAGAUUGUAUCUGCAUGCUAUACCAACUUUCACCGAAUGUAGGCCGUGCGGUAAUGAACGAUGUUCGAAUGCGUUCGGUACUCAGCAGUAGCUUGCCGGUGGCCUGCCAAGCUGGCGAUAUCAAGUAUUUUGAAUAAUUUAUGUGACGCGAAUGCAGUCGCGUAUUUGUAUAUACAGUGUAUUCUAUAUCAUAAUGUGUGUGAAUGCUCCGAUAAAAAUAUUUUACUCUUUCAUGUAAAACUAUAUAAUACAUAGAUAAAAUGC